CAAUCCUACGCGGAAGUGAAUGUGGUGUUCCAUUCUUUUUCUCUCCUCUCACCAUUUCUACCUUCUUGUAUUGGUAUUUGGGUUGUCUUUUAAUGCUGGUAGUGUAACUACAUUUUGCAUAUUUUGUAACGCAUUCGGGUCUUGCAUACUAUAAUGGAAGAAGAACCAAGCAGUGCUGACACCUCUCAGAGUUCUGUAGCUUCCCAAGUUCCAUUUCUACAUCUGUGUUUGACAUUAGAAAAAAUACAGAAAGCUAAGUCUCGACCCGAUAAGGCCAAGUGUCUGUCAGAUUUUAUUGAUUCCUGGAGGAAAUUCCAUGCUGCCCUCCACAAAGAUAAUCCCAGAACCACUGAUUCUUUUUACCCAGCCAUGCGUCUUCUUGUUCCCCAGUUUGAGCGAGAACGAAUGGCCUAUGGUAUCAAGGAGAGCAUGCUUGCCAAAUUGUUUAUUGAGGUGUUGGGGCUUCCAAAAAAUGGACCAGAAGCGAACAAACUUCUGAACUACAGAGCUCCUACGACGUCUAAGGGAGAUUCAGGGGAUUUUGCCAUCAUGGCUUAUUUUGUCUUGAAGAAACGAUGCAUGAGUAAGGGAAAGCUGACUAUUAGGGAGGUAAAUGACUUCUUGGACUCAGUGGCUAUCAACAAUGCUGCUAAAAAGAAGGAUCUUGUCAAGAAGAACUUAUUACAUUUGUUAACACAGACCUCAGCCCUGGAGCAGAAGUGGCUCAUUCGGAUGAUUGUGAAAGACAUGAAACUGGGCAUAAGCAAGGAUACUGUACUCCAGGUCUUUCACCCAGAUGCAACAGAGCUGUACAAUGUCACUACAGACCUUUCCAAAGUGUGUCAGAAGCUUCAUGAUCCUACUGUAUCUCUCAGCGACGUAUCCAUCGAAUUGUUCUCAGCUUUCAAGCCUAUGCUGGCAGCUAUUGCCAACAUCAAGCAAAUAGAGAAACAGAUGAACAAUCAAACUUUCUACAUUCAGACAAAGUUAGAUGGAGAACGCAUCCAGAUGCACAAAGAUGGGGAUGUGUACAAAUACUUCACCCGCAAUUCUUUUGAGUAUACUCAGCAGUUUGGGACAUCACCAUUAGAGGGAUCUUUGACCCCCUUCAUUCACAAUGUCUUCAAGUGCCAUGUUAAUAGAUGCAUCUUGGAUGGGGAGAUGAUGGCAUACAACCCCACCACUGACACGUUCAUGCAGAAAGGUAGCAAGUUUGACAUCAAAAGGUUAGUAGAAGAUUCUGAAUUGCAGACCUGCUUCUGUGUCUUUGAUGUUCUUCUAGUUAAUGAUCAAAAAUUUGGACAUGAGACACUGAGGAAACGUUGUGAUAUUCUGAAGACCGUCUUCACCCCGCUUAAGGGGCGAAUUCAUUUAGUGCCUAAAAUUGAAGCUAAAACCAUGCAGGAGGUGGUUAAUGCCUUAAAUGAAGCCAUUGACAAUCGUGAGGAAGGGAUCAUGGUAAAGGAUCCCAUGUCUACAUACAAGCCAGACAAGCGAGGAGAGGGGUGGCUCAAGAUAAAACCAGAAUACAUGGAUGGUUUGAUGGACGAGCUUGACCUGUUGAUCCUGGGGGGUUACUGGGGAAAAGGUUCCCGAGGUGGGAUGAUUUCUCAUUUUCUGUGUGGCCUCGCUGAACCUCCAAAACCCGGAGAGAAACCAACGGUGUUUCAUUCAUUGUGCCGCAUUGGCUCAGGUUACACUAUGAAGGAACUGUAUGACCUGGGCCUAAAGCUUGCUAAGCACUGGAAGGUCUUUCGCAAGAAUAAUCCUCCAGCAUCCAUACUGUGUGGCACCGAGAAACCAGAAGUUUACAUUGAACCUUGCAACUCGGUGAUUAUUCAGGUCAAGGCAGCUGAAAUAGUGUAUAGUGAUAUGUAUAAAACAAACUGCGCUCUGCGUUUCCCCAGGAUAGAGAGAAUCAGGGAAGAUAAGGAAUGGCACCAGUGCAUGACGCUAGAUGACCUUGAUCAGUUGCAGAGCAAGUCCUCUGGGAAGCUGGCAUCAAGACACCUGUAUAUCAAUGAAGACGAGCCCGAUAAGAAGAAGCGGAAGUUUGUGGCAAAACCCAAGAAAGCCAUUGGCAUUGUUGACCACUACAAAUCCCAAGACCUGUCCAGCGUGACCAAAGAAUUCGAUAUGUUUGAAGACGUGGAGUUUUGCAUCAUGAAUGGGAGUGAAGAGCAUCCCAAGGCUGAGCUGGAGAAAGGAGUGGCGAAAUGUGGUGGAAUCAUAGUACAGAAUCCUGGCAAGGACACCUACUGUGUCAUUGCAGCUGUCGAAAACCUGAGGGUGAAGAACCUGAUUUCAGCUAAUCAGCACGACAUUGUGUGGGCAUCCUGGCUGCUGGAAUGUCUGGAAAAAAAGGGUCUGGUACCAUGGCAGCCCCGUCACAUGAUUCAUAUGUCUCCAUCCACGCAGGAACAUUUUUCCAAGGAGUAUGACCAGUUUGGUGAUAGCUAUUAUGUUGACACUGAUGUACAGCAGCUAAGAGAAGUUUUCUCCAGAGUAAAGACCUCAGGGCCAGAAGUGCCGUCCAUUUCAAACGUGGAGGCGAGGUACGCCUUUGAUGACUUGCCCACCAGCAUGUUCAGGCCUUUCGCAGUCUAUUUCGACCGCUGUGCUGACAUCGGGGACACCAAGAGCCGAAUACGUGGGACGUGCUUGGACACGCGGUCACUGGAGCUUUGCUUCCAUGGAGGAACCGUGGUAUCGGCGCUUGCAGAAGGGGUCUCUCAUGUCAUUGUUGCAGAGGACACUCGAGUCCAGCAGCUAAAAAUGCUCCGACGCAUUUUUGCCAAAAAAUUUAAAAUUGUGAGAGAAUCCUGGGUGACAGACUCUAUCAAAGCAGGGCAUUUGCAGAAUGAUAAUGACUACCUAGUAUAAUGUUUAAAGUCAAUGUGCAUUAAAGUCAAUGCACUGAAGACUUUUUUGUGAUUGGUAAAGUUCUGUGAAUGAAGAACGAAUAAUUAGGAACAUGAAUCUUAUCUUACUGACUGCAGUGGUAUCCUGUAUUUGUUUAUGAACAUGUGGAUUGGAGGAUUGGAACAAAUCUAAAGUUUUUGUAUAAUAAAAAUGUGCAUUUUAGAUGUAUUUGUGCAAAAGAAAUAAAAUUUUGAUUGAUUCUU